AUGGACACCGCCCACAAGCAGGAGUACAAGGUCCGCGACCUGACGACACGCUCCGUCACCCUCUUUCCCUCGCGCGCCCAGGUCGUGCGCGAGCUCAAAGACGUCUCGCUCAAGCCCGGCGUCAACGAGAUCACCGUCAUCGGUCUCACGCCCACCGUCGACGAACACUCCAUCAAGGUCGAGGGCACCGGCCUCGCCGUCAUCUCCAACAUCACCGUCGAGCUCCAGUCCAAUCGAGACAUCUACGAGGACAUUUACCCCGACGCCGACCACGACAGCGACGAGACCUCAGACGAUGAACAGAUUCUAGAAUCCGAACGGCCUCCCCAGGAGGAGGCCGCAAAGCUCAAACAGGAAUCCCCUGGCCAGGGCCGAGAACCCGCUCCAAGAUCCUCGACGCCCUACGCAAGCACAUUGGCGGAGGAGGAUGGCACCGUCAUUGUGGGGAAGGCUGGACAAUAUCCGGAGCGAGGCGCGAAAAAGGAAGCCACCAAGAGUCGAGACCCGCCUCGUCGCCGAAGCGGCCAAGGCCCAGCGCAAGGCCGUCAAGGCCUGGCUCAAGGCGCAGAAGACGAAGCAGACGGAGCAGACCAAGAAAGGACAGACGCAAGGCCGAGCAGCAGAAGGAAAGAGGUCCGCGUCCGCACCGAGCGCGAGAAGUUUUGGCCACGCCAGUGCUACGCCGUGUGCAUCACCCUCGACGCCACCUCCUUCACCCCCAUGUCGUCGCGGCGCAACUCCGUCUCCAGCGACCUCGUCAAGGUGCCCGUCGCGGGAUCCGAGGAUGCCGUCGACCCCUCCCAGUGGACAUGCGACCUCGUCCUGAGCUACGUCACGACGGCCGCUUUCUGGUCCCCCAGCUAUGAUCUCCAGCUCUCGACGACGACCAACACGGCCACCCUCUGCUUCGACGCCCAGCUCACCAACAAGACGUCCGAGACCUGGAGCCACUGCAAGAUUGUCCUCUCGACGUCCCAGGCCUCCUUCUCCGGCAUGGCCGAUGCCAUCCCCACCCUCGCGCCCUGGCGCAUCAAGCUCGCCACCCGGGGUACCGUCAGAGACAACUCGGCCCUGCUCGCGAGCCGCGAAGAGCUCCGCGAAAAGGAGUCGUGGCAGGCACAGCGCAAACAGCUGCCCCCACAGCAAUCGCGCAAUGCCCUCUUUGGCCGACCGCAGCAGAAUCCCUGGGGAGCCAGCCAUGGUUGGGGAGGACAGCAGCAGCAGCAGCAGCAGCAGCAGCAGCAGCAGCAGAUGCAGCAGCAGCAACUACAACAACAGAUGCAACAACAGCAACUACAACAACAGAGUCUGCAGAGCACUGCCACCGACGUGUUUGGUGCCCCCGAGGAGCUUCUCCGGAAGAAGGCAGCCAAGUCAGCCAACAUGAUGGCUGUCGCCUCAUCCUCGUUUGCCCCCAAUGCUCGAUCUGCUUUCCCUCCGCCGCCCGCCCCGAGCGCUCCCGCUCCCGGAGGCGGUCCAGCGCUCCAUGCGAGCGUGCCCACGAGCGGGGGGCUGUUUGGUGCGGGCGGAGGAGGAUUCGGGAGCCACGCGAGCCGAGGCGGCGGACUGUUCGCUUCGAGGCCAGCAGACCUGGCCGAUGACGAGACCGAAGUGAACGUUGAUGUCGAACCCGAGCUCGAUUUCGAAGAGUCCGCCAUGGAGGAGACGGGCCUCACGACGACAUAUGACCUCUCCAACUCGAAGACGCUGGCCCCACGCUCGACAGCGUCCAAGCAGCGCGUCGUCCGCCUCACGCUGCCUGACGUCGUUUUCAGUCACACCGUCGUCGCCAAGUACCGACCCGUCGCCUACCUCAAGGCGCGCCUCCGCAACAUCAGCAAGAUGACGCUGUUGCGCGGGCCCACCGGCCUGACCCUCGACGGCGCCUUCAUGGGCCGCACCAACCUGCCGCGGUGCAGCCCUGGCGACUCGUUCAGCCUGUCGCUCGGCGUCGAUCCCGCCGUCAAGGUCCUGUACCCGAAGCCCGAGCUCGACCGGCGGCGGCAAGGCCAUCAGGCUGCUCGUGCACGACCAGAUGCCGUGUCGGAGGACGAGCGUCUCAAGGUCGAGAUCCUGCAGCCGAAGGGUCUCUCCGUCGGCAGCGGUGGCGUCGGCGCCGGCGCGCCUACGCGCGAUGGCAAGGAGGACAGGGACUGGGGCACCGCUGUGGCGUCGCUCAAGAAGGAGGGCGAAGUCAGCUGGGAUGUCAGCCUCAAGGCCGGUCGCGGCGUCCGACUCGGCCUGGAGUAUGUCGUUGCGCUACCGGGGGGUGAGCACGCCGUGCAGUGUCAGGACGUCGGCAAGACGUGGACGCAGAUGAACGAGUGA